ACCACCUUCCUUUCGAAGAACUGAACAGGUUCUCAUUCUCAAGUCUCCAUUGAAGUCUUUGGGAAUGGUGUAAUGUCUCCUUAAGACCACCAGAGGGCUCGCCCCUGCCACGACCCCUAGCAACACGAGCGGUGCAGACGAAAGGACUCUCGGGGGCGCGCACAUUGCCAGGGCGCGCGUGAGUCGGGGUGGAAACGAGGCACCAGGAGCAGCUAGUGUUUUGUCCUGGGCGCGCGAGCUGACUCGGAUUUUUGUGGACACAGUGGGGAAUAAAGUUAAUUUCGGAAAGCCGUUCUGGCCGGAGCAGCUUUCUGUUCGGAGAGGAACCACCGGCCUGACGAACAAUCCCUCUCUGACGAUGACGAUGAUGUGUCCCUACCUCACCGUUAACAUCUGACCCACACACACCACCUACACACAUCCAACUCUCCCUCACACACACACACACCAACACCCGCACACACAGCCAGACGCCGGCCGCCAUGUCUGAGGAGAGUCCGGAUGUGUACGUGGAGGUGGAGUACGACUACUCGUACGAGUGUAAGGACCGGCUCAUCAGCAUCCGCCAGGGAGAGCGCUACCUGCUGGUGCGGAAGACCAACGCCGACUGGUGGCAGGUGCGGACGCAGCCGGGCGCGCGGGCCUUCUACGUGCCCGCCCAGUACGUGCGCACCAUCAAGAAGGCCCUGAUGCCCCCUCCGCCCCCCACCAAGCCCUCCGCCCUGCUCAUCCCCGGCCACCUGCACGGGGACGGCAACACACCUGGCAACCGAGGAGGAGAAGGAGGAGGGGGUCACAGGGUGCGGCACACGCCCCCCCAUGCCGACACGUCCACCCGCCCCUCGCCCUCGGAGACGCCGUCGCCCGGGCAACUGACCCCGCCCGGAUACGGCAGCUUCGACAGCAACCAGAAUCAAGGCUCAGAGGGCAGCACCUCCAACAACAACCAUGUGAAUAGUCACCGCGGUAACACGACGUUGCCAAGGUCCAGGGCCGAGUCUCCGCCAGUCAGGUUUCAGGGCGAUGCUCACCAGAAGGGAGGAGUAGGAGGAGGAGGGUUGUCGUCGGAGACUGAGGGUGACGGGGAGUCGCCGGGGGAACAGAGUCGGAGUCUGAGUCUCAGUGUCAGCGUGCGCAACGACUCGGAGUCGGGAGACGAACUAAGCAGCUCAUCUACGGAGCACAUGCAGGCGGUGUCUCCGUCGGUGCGUUGUGAGUCUCCGGUCUACACAAACCUCCAGGAGCUGCAGGCCUCUCAGGUCAGUGUCUCCCCCAGCACGAUAGAGGUGUCUCUGCCUCCUCCACCGCGCGGCUCCUCUCCGCUCCACACGCACGGCCAGUGGGAGACGCAUCGGCACGCUAGUGGGCGAUACUACUACUACAACACACAGACACAGGCCACCACCUGGAAACCCCCGCGCUCACGAGACAGCAGCAGCCGCACGGAGCCCCCCAACAGCGCAGACAUGGAGUCGGAGGAGAACAGCCUGAGUACCUACUCCAGCCAGUCUGACAGCCAGUAUGGGUCGCCCCCUAGAGGUUGGUCUGAGGAACUGGACGAGCACGGCCACACGCUCUACGUCUGCGAAUACACACAUGAGAAGUGGAUGAAGCAUGUUGAUGAUCAGGGACGGCCAUACUACUACAGCACAGAUGGCUCUCGCUCUGAAUGGGAACUGCCCAAAUACUCCCUCUCCCCUCCUACCCCGUGUGAGGUGCCCAAGUCCCACAGUCUGGACCGUAAGCAGCCUGAGCCCAUCGUCCUCACCAAGUGGAGACACAGCACCUACCUCCUGGAACUCAGCGACAAGGAGAGUGGCACAGCUCUGAAGCAACAGAACUCUCCAGACUCCGACUCCUGCCCCUCCUCCCCAAAACACGCCUCCUCGCCCUCUGAGAAGUGUGGGGUUCUCAACGUCACUAGGAUCACAGAGAACGGCAAGAAACUCAGGAAGAACUGGGCCUCCACAUGGACAGUGUUGCAGGGCUCCUCUCUGCUCUUUGCCAAGGGACAAGGCACCGGAACCAGCUGGCCUCUGUAUUCCACCAGUUCUAUUCCCGAGCUCCUCCUCUCGCUGAUAAGCCACUGGACGCGGCGUUCAGUCAAGCCCCGCCCCGCUGUCUCCUUUGCCCAAUCAGGGCCGGCCCAGGCCGCCUCCUUUGUCCAAUCGGGGCCCGGCCAAGCUGCCUCUAAGUUUGGAGUGGGCCAGUCGAAGCCGGAGUUCAGCGUGGACCUGAGAGGGGGAUCAGUAGACUGGGCCUCUAAAGACAAGUCCAGCAAGAAGCACGUCAUCGAGCUGAAGACUCGCCAGGGUACAGAGCUGCUUAUCCAGUCGGAAAACGACGGAGUCAUCAACGACUGGUACAGAGCGCUGUGUGAGACAGUCAACACACACGCGUGGGAGUCUGAUGAGGCCAUUGAGGAGGACAUGCCAGAGUCCCCCACAGAGAAACACGACAAGGAGAAGGACCACCGAGACUCCAAGAAGACCAGAGGAUCAAAGGGUUCUGUGAGUGCGGACUCCGACCAGAAGAAGACUCGUGUCAAGCUCAAGAAGUUCCUCACACGCCGACCCACACUGCAGGCCGUACGAGACAAAGGAUACAUCAAAGACCAAGUGUUUGGCUGCAGUCUGAGCAGCCUGUGUCAGAGGGAGAACUGCACCGUGCCCAACUUCGUCAGGAUGUGCAUAGACCACGUGGAGAAAACAGGGUUGAAUAUUGAUGGCCUAUACAGAGUGAGUGGGAACUUGGCAGUCAUUCAGAAACUACGCUUUGCCAUCAAUCACGAUGAGAAGGUGGAUCUGGAUGACAGUAAGUGGGAGGAUAUCCACGUCACCACGGGGGCCCUCAAGAUGUUCUUCAGAGAACUGCCUGAACCCCUCUUCACAUACUCCUUAUUCAACGACUUUGUCAACGCCAUCAAGUCUCCAGAUUACCACCAGAGGGUGGCGUGUGUGAGAGAGUUGAUCAGGCAGCUGCCCCGCCCCAACCAGGACACCAUGCAGGCUCUCUUCAAACACCUCAGAAGGGUGAUCGACCACGGUGAUUCCAACCGCAUGACGUCCCAGAGCGUGGCGAUCGUGUUCGGGCCCACGCUGCUGCGUCCCGAGGCGGAGUCGGGCAACAUGGCGGUCCACAUGGUGUACCAGAACCAGAUCGUGGAGCUGGUGCUGCUGGAGCAAGAAUCACUCUUCACCAGGUAGACUGGAGAGCAGAGGAGACCUGCUGUCAUCACGACCAUCACCAACAUCAGCAUCUUCAGCAGGUAGACUGGAGAGGACAGGAGAGAAGACACCUGCUGCCAUUACCACCAUCACCAACAUCAGCAGCAUCUUAAGCAGGUGGACUGGAGAGGAGAAAUGACACCUGCCACUAUCGGCAGUAUCAACAGCAUCAACAACCUCAGCUUCAACUUCAGCUUUGGCAGGAGAGACUGAAAGAAUCCUUGGCAUCAGCAUCAUCUUUGGCAGAUUGAGAGGACACGCCUCCUCCAUGCCACCACCAUCAGCAUCAUCUUAGACAGACCAGAUCUCCACCAUCCUCAAUAUCUUUGUCUUGCUGCUGGAGUAUGACUCGCUCUUCAGCAGGUAGACUGGAGGGAGAGGAAAAACAGCACCUCCUCUUCUAUCACCAUCAUCAGCAUCGUCUUUGGCCUGGUAGAGAGGAGAGGGAAGAGACCUCCAAAAGUGUUGGACUCCCUCUUAGAGAGGAGAGACUUAAAGCAUUCAUAUCAUAUUUGGCAGGUAGAGAGGAGAAUGGGGAGACCUCCAAUAUUAUCAUCAUCAUCAGCAGGAGGAAGAUCAUCUUUAGCAGUAUCAUUGUCUUCUCCAUGCGGAGGAGAGAGAGAGAGGCCAAAAGCAUCAACAACAUCAACCGUAUACUCAUCAUCAAGAUCAUCAUCAGCACCAGGGAGACACGAGAGAGCUGAAGCAUCCCUGAUGAGCAGCAUAAUCUUCUUCAGCAGAGAUGUAUCUUCAUCAAUCAACCAAUCAACAUCAUCAAACGCUUGUUGAGCAUCAUUGUGAUCCAUGCUGCAGAAACCUCUCCUCACCUCCCCUCCUCUUCUUAAAUAUCCCUCCAGCUCCCAGGUCCCAAAACCCACUGUCCAAUGCUCCAUAAGGCUUGGUCUUCUCCACUUCCACCUUCCUUUUGUUAGGAAAUGUUUGGGCUCAUUUGACUUUGUUUGACAGGAAACAAGUGGGAGAGAGAGCUGGGGGUUUAAGAUUUGGAAGGACCCAGGCCGGACUCAAACCAUUCCCCAUGGGUAAUGCUAUUGACGUGGUUGCAUUAGUGCAGUGCACAACACCUCACACACCCCCAACCUCCCACUUUCCAAGGUCUCAAUGGUCUGUACCCAACUCGUUCCUCCGAUCGCUGUGUCUGUCGGGGAAAGAAAGAGAUAAAACAAGAUGCCAGCUUCCUGCUUCCUGCUUUUCUACUUCCUGUUUGAAGCUUCUCAACCAAUGGGUGUGCGGUGUUAACGGUGACCAGCCUGCUGAAGCAGGAAGGAGGACAGUUUAUGUUAAUCAGAUUAACAAGCAUUAAUGAGUGCAUCUAACGAGCGCCUGCGCUUUAGCCCCACGUGCAACUUGUCUCUGGACCCUGCAAGAGUGGACACAUUUCAUUCAUGAGUGAGUGAGUGAGUGAGUGAGUGAGUGAG